AUGGUUAAACAAAUCAUCCUGUUAAUAGCUGCUCUAGUUCUCAUCACUUAUGGAAAAGGAGUCACCCAUCUGCCACAAGACCAGCAUCUCUACUGAAGCUUCCCUGAUGAAAUGUCCGUUAAAUUCGAGCUAUAUGUGCCACUUUCUUUUACCGAAGAAUAUGAAUGGACUGGCUUUGGCUUGAAAGAAGUAUCCAACUCCCCUUCCGUGAGCGAACAAAAUUUUUUUGUUCUCUAAGGAGGGGUUAAUUUUUUUUGUUUUUUAAAAAAUUUAUAUAAAAAAUUUAAAAAAUUGAGAAACAAAAAUUUAUUUAAUUUUCAAAAUUUAUAUUUUAAAAUGCAAGCUGUUUAAAAUUAAAGAUUUAACUAGAGAUUUCAUUAUAAUAAUUAUCAUUUAUAUUUAAAAAUUGUUUUAUAAAAAAUUUUUUGUUCACUUAUAGAGGGUGGGUUUUUGGGAAAAAAAAGGGAUUUUUCCAUUGGUUUUGUUCGCUCACGGAGGGGGAAGAGUAAGAUAAGCAGCAUGAAAGAUGCAGACAUAAACCAUAUUUAUUUGAUUUUUUAUUAAAUUAUUUGCUGAUUUUCUGCAGAUUUUUACGCUUUAUUUAGUAUCAAAAUUAAGCCUGAGCAGUAUAACUAUGAUAUAUCUUAAUGAUGAUAGAAUAGAAGACUGCUGGAGCAGUAUGAAUGCUAGGCCUGACCCAGAUAUUGAGGUAGAAGGCUUUGAUAGUUUAACAGAAAAAUCUUACUCCCCCCAUCCUUGAUCGAACGACUCGCCAUCGUUCGAUCAAGGAUGGGGGUUUAAAAAAAAAUUUUUUGGGAAAACAAUUUUAUAUUAAAAUAAAAAAUAUAUAUAUUUUUUUUUUAUUUACUUUAAAAAUAAGAGGGUUAAGAGUAUUUAAUAAUUAUUUUUACAGCAAAAAAUUGAAUUAAUUUCAUAAAAAUACCAAUUUUUAAUAUUUUGAUUUAUUAGUUACCCCUUUAAACUGUAUAAAUUUUUAUUUGUUCCUAUUAUUAAAUUAAAUUGUUUUUUUAAAAAAUUUAAAGAAUCUCUAUUUUAUUAGAUUAUUAAGUUUUUAAGUCCAGGUUGAUGACUAAAUCACUUCAUAUGGUUGAUUCCAAAGCUUUUUGCCGUCUCAAAGUCUCUGAGAACAACUUCAUUAGGUACAUCUUCCUAAGCUUUUGAUAACUAUAUAUAUUUUUAUAUAUAUAAAAAUUGUCAUGAUAUGAAAAUCGUUCGAUCAAGGAUGGGGUUAAUUUUGCCAAUUUUUAGGAAGUUUUACAGUCAAUCGUUCGAUCAAGGAUGGGGGUUAAUUUCCCCAAUUUUUAGGAAAUUUUACAGUCAAUCGUUCAAUCAAGGAUGGGGGGGAGAGUUAGUUACUUAAAAUUUUAUAAACACUUAACGUCCACUACGGGGUUGGCAAGCCCAGACCUUCCUUCCAUCACUCUUCCAUCCAUCAGGUCCACAACCUCUGGGGCGACUUGCUUCGUUGCACCGGUAUGCACUUGGAGCAAUACUACCGGCUUCGACAACUCAUGCAUGAUAACUGCCUUCGCGACGUGAGUUGCUGCGCAAAAAAUCCAAAAAAUGGAUUUUCUGGCCGACUAUCUGCAAAAAGGAAAAGCACGCAGCCUGGGACCUAACGCCCAGUUUCAUGCUAGGAGUUGCCCGAUAGGCCUAAAAGGCUUCGCUGGGCUUUCCUUUCCAACUGCCAUGCCUUCCUUCCCCACGAAAUAAAAUCCAUCCCAAUCCUUGAAUUUGGGCUAGGCUCUGCCUCCUGCAGAAUUGCUUACCUAGCAAUACUGCUCAUUUCCAGAAUGACAAAACCUAUCUGGAUAUAAUAAAAAAUAUGUCUAGAAGCUGCAUAGCUAAAAGGCCAUGCCCGGUUGAGACGCCAUAUUUUAAUCAUUAAAAGAAAAAUCAGUUAAUGUUGUCGAUGACUAUAAGGUUUAUACAUGGAUUAAAAUGAUGAAUACAGGCGAUGAAAAAGAUAUGGUUCUAUCACAAGGUGCUCAAGCUGGCAUUAUAUGGGCAUAUGGGGCUGUUAAUUCUGAAGGAAAACCUAAAAAGCAUAAAGGAACAGAUAGAGGAUAUCAUGAAAUUACACUUUCAGAAGACUUUAAUGAUGGAGAAAUCGUUUCCUUAAUCUAA